AUUGAUUACAGUCCAACAAAUAUUUUUUGGAAACAUGCGAGGUCUAAUACGAAUUACUUUGGUUUGCUGUGCAUUAGUUUUGAUGUUGCACUCCACAAAGGCUCUAGCCAUGCCUUAUAUGCAAAGUAGCAGUAACGGCAUAGAGUAUCGCUCGCGUCGCGCUGCACAAGGACCAUCACAAGGAGGGGGUCAAGGCGGUGGUAGCGGCAGUAUGGGUGGCGGUGCUGGAAUGGGAUUCAGCGUAGGCGCUAACAUUGGUGGUCAAGCAGGCGGACAACCAGGUGGUCAAGGUGGUCAGUAGCACAAAGUUUUAUUUUUGAGCGGCUAACAAUGUAAAAACAUCGAUGAUAAUUAAACAAAGCAGUGCAACAUGCAAA